GGUCCACCGUUCACUCAUCAGCAAACGCCGCGUAAGAUGGUGUAUUACGGACAGACCAGUUGUGAGCAGGACACGGAAAGAUACCUUGAUGUCGUGAAGUACGUGUUCAGCUCCUACAAGAAGGAAGUGCCUUUAGUCAUCAACACCAUGGGCUGGGUGAAAGGUGAGGGGUUGCUGCUUCUGAUUGAUAUCAUUCGGCUGUUGUCACCCAGUCACAUUGUUCAGAUGGAUGUGUACGACUGGAAGGCCAUGGCUCCGCUCACCCCAGAGUACGUUCAUCUCACUCCUGGCCUGUACACCAAAGGCAAACAGCAAGCCAAACGCAAGCAGAUGGGUACAAGUGGAGAGGAGAACUGGAAGUCCUCUGAAGGGGAGGGAGAUGCAUCAGCUCCCGAGUAUAAGUUGCUGUUCGUCCAUCCAGAAUUCCCUCGAGCAGGGGUUGCAGGUGAAGCGCGAGUACACAGCGGCAUCUUGCGUGACAUGUCCAUACUGGGUUACCUGGGCCAGCUGCAGUCCCCAGACAUAGGGGCAGUGCUUCCGCUGCACAGUCUGGUGCCGUAUCAGGUACCUUUCAGUGCUGUUGCACUCAGGGUUAUUCACACCGAUGUCGCUCCUACCAACAUCAUGUAUGCGGUGAACGCCAGCUGGGUCGGGCUGUGCAGGAUACCGGAUGAAAUCAGAUGCCAAACGGACGGGCCAGUGUUGCUGACGCAGACACCGGUCUGCGAUUGCCUGGGCUUCGGAAUUGUCCGAGGGGUUGAGAUGGAGAAGAAGCUUUACCACAUUUUGACGCCAGUGCCUCCGGAGAACCUGAGACUAGUGAAUUGUCUGCUCCUUGGCAAUAUUGCUAUCCCGAACUGCGUUCUUGUGGGCCAGCAAGGAGUUGAGGGAGAGAUCCCCUAUGUCACAUCCGAUUAUAACUACAGCAUCUUGGGGUCUGGGAAGCUGAAAAAGAAGAAGCAUUUCAAGAGGAGGGAGUAUGCAUUUGAGUGUGAUUAUGCCUAAAGCCUUGAGGACCUUGGACCCCGCCGGAUCUGUUU